AUGUCCGUCUCCCAUUCCAAACGCGUUUGCCAGAUAAUCAAGUUAAAGCCAGAAGCCGAGGAGGAGUAUAUCAAAAUUCACGCAGAAGUGUGGCCAGGCGUCCUUGCCGCUCUCGAGCGAGCGCACGUCGUGGACUACUCGAUCCAUUAUUAUGCUCCGCUCCAACUCCUCAUCGCCAACUUCAAGUAUAUCGGAGCGGAUUACGAGGGGGACAUGAAGAAAGUGGCGGAAGAUCCGGAGACGCAGAGAUGGUGGAAAGUCACGGAUGGGAUGCAGGAGAGCUUCAAUCAAGGUGCGGAAGGGAGUGGGAAGGAGGUACCCUGGUGGGCGACGUUACCUGAGGUCUUUCGUUUUGAGGGCAAGGCGUAA